AUGAAGGAAAAGAACGUCAUAGCAUGGACUGCAUUGAUAAGUGGAGCAGCUAGGCAUGGAUGUAGUGAAAAAGCAUUAUCAUUGUUCGAGAUGAUGAAAGAAGAAGGCUUCCGACCAAAUGAGAUGACUUUCACAGGUGUUUUUCAUGCUUGUGCUCACACGGGAAUGGUGGGAGCCGGGCAAAGGUACUUCAACAUGAUUGAAGAGUAUGGUUUGGAGUAUAAGAUACAGCACUAUGGGUGCAUGGUCGACAUUUAUGGCCGAGCAAUUAUACAACAAUCAUUGGACAAAAUCGGGCACCAAAGGGGUUUGAUGGGUCUGGUACUUGGAUACGGGAUAAAGAGGGUAUCAUGGUGUCCUCGUUAG